AUGCAGGCCCAAGACGGGGGAGCAGUGGGUCCCUCCGGCAACACGCUGUAUUAUUUACCAGGCGGGGAACACGAGGCGUCGACAACAACCAAUGCGACGCCGCCAUCUUUCGAUCCAGGCUAUGAGAGGCCGCCAUCGCUAAUCUCCACGGCUUCCGACUGUCUUUCGGACACUUUUAGCAGCUACGACUCGAGAAGAUCCACAGUCAGCAGUGUCUCCUCCGCCGCCACAGCUCCAAGCCAAAGUCAAUAUCAACAACACCCGCACCCCUCCGUCACCUCGUCGCCCUCUUCCCGUUCUUGCGACCCACAAUCACAAGCGAAUUCCCCGCAGCGACCGCUGACUCGGAGCCGCGAGAACGCCAAACAAUUGCAUGCUGCCCGCCUCCAGAAACGCGCCGCCUCCCAGAGCUUGGCCAGCGACCCUGCCGCCGACCACAAGGACGACCGCGACCCCGACGACCCAUCUGUUCGCCUCCGCCGAAGAGCUGGAAGCGCCCGCCGCUUUCGAAAAGGCACCAACCCCGGAUCUAAGCAGGCUGCCCUCGCUGCCACCGAACCAGGCGCGCCGCCUCAUGAGAAGCUCCUAACCAAGAUGGCCUUUGCUGAGCAGCAGCACUGGAUCACCGUCCAGCAAAAGACCUUUACCAAAUGGCUCAACACGAAGAUAGACGUCAGGGGCCUGGAGGUUAAGGACCUGGUCAAGGACCUGAGCGACGGUGUCAUCCUCAUCCACUUGUUAGAAUGUUUGUCUCAGGAGUCUCUGGGUCGUUACGCCGCGAAGCCGAAGCUCAGGGUGCAGCGUUUCGAAAAUGUGAACCUCGGUCUGGACUUUGUCAAGUCGAGGGGAAUCCAGAUGGUGAACAUGGGUGCCGAGGAUGUGGUCGACGGAAACAGGAAGAUCAUACUCGGCCUGAUAUGGACGCUCAUUUUACGAUUUACGAUCAGUGACAUUAACGAGGAGGGCAUGACGGCAAAGGAAGGUCUCUUGCUGUGGUGUCAACGGAAGACGGCGUGUUACGAGGAAUGCGAUGUCCGGGAUUUCAGUGCGAGCUGGAACGAUGGUCUGGCCUUCUGUGCGCUCUUGGACAUCCACAGACCCGACUUGAUCGACUAUGACCAACUCGACAAGUCAGACCACAAGGGUAACAUGCAGCUUGCAUUCGACAUCGCCCAUAAGGAGAUCGGCAUCCCCAAGCUGCUGGAUGUUGAAGAUGUUGCCGACGUGCCGAAGCCUGACGAGCGAAGUUUGAUGACUUAUAUCGCUUACUGGUUCCACGCUUUCUCGCAAAUGGAGAAGGUUGAGAACGCUGGUCGACGAGUGGAGAAGUUUGUGAACAACAUGCAAGGCGCGUGGGAGAUGCAAAGCGCCUACGAAAGACGGAUGAGGGCCCUGCUCAAGGCCAUUCGAGAACAGGUUGAAAGCUGGCAGACUGCAAAGUUUGAGGGAACCUACGCAGAUGCAAAAGCACAGGCAACACAGUUUUCGGCUUACAAAAGAGGGGAGAAGAGGGAAUGGGUUGCAGAGAAGAGCGAAUUGGCGACGUUACUCGGCAACAUCAAGACUAAACUUGGCACAUACCGCCUGAGGCCAUACGAUCCACCAGUGGAGCUGAGCUUAGAGACCUUGGACAAAGAGUGGACAAGGCUUUCGAGUGCAGAGAUGGCCAGGGGUCAACUGAUAAAUGAGACCAUCCGAGACAUCAAAAAUGCUCUACGCAAAUCAUUCGCAGACAAAGCAAACGACUUUGCCAUGGCCCUCAACACGAUGCAACUGGCCAUAUCAGGGCUGGAAGGUGAUGUGGAAGACCAACUGCACCACGUCCGCAAGCUUAGCGAUAACCUCCCUCCUUUGGACGCCUACCUCCAGAAGAUCGCUGAGGUUGACGCCAAGUGUGAAGAGGCGAAUAUCGAGGAGAACGACUUCACAACCUACACCUAUGACGAGCUCUGCUACGAGCUGUCCCUGGUCAAGACGUCCGUGUCCAAAAAGCUGUCCUUCCUGGACAACCAGAUGGUCGCGCGCAGCAUGACCAACCUCACGCCGAUCCAACUCGAGGAGUUCGAGUCGGUAUUCAAGCAUUUCGACCGCGACGACUCCAACAAUUUGGCAGAAAUCGAGUUCAGCGCAGCGCUCGCGUCCUUGGGACUGGUCUUCUCCGAAGACGAGAUGCACGACUACUUCGAGGAGGCGUCCGAUGGACGCGACCGCGUCAGCUUCGAGCAGUUCAUCCGCUUCAUGGUGGACGUGACCGAGGACCAGAACACAGCCGAGCAGGUGUUCCAGUCAUUCCGUGAGGUCGCAGACGGCAAGCCAUACGUCACGGAGAUGGACCUGCGGCACUCGCUGGUGCCGGACGAGGUCAUCGAGAAGCUCAUCGAGAUGAUCCCGCCGCACAAGGGGCCAGACAUGCAGUCGGACCGCGGCCAACCGCAGUACGACUACAUUGCCUUCAUGGAGAAGAUGAUCUCGGACGAGCGCGCCGCCGCAUUUGGGGCCGGGUCGGCCUCGGGCAGGUCCAGCCCGACCAAGAGCGGCGGCCCACUGUCGGAGAGGACCAACGGCUCCAACGCGAGCGGCAGCCCGAAGAGCCCUGCGAAGUCCAACGGCGGUCACUGA